UGACACUAUUCCAGUUUGACCACAAAAUGGUUGGAAGGUUCUAUUCCUACUCAAAAACAAUAUAAACCAGUAACAAAUACCCCCCCUUUUUCGCACAGAUCAGUUAUGGCUCAUCUGAUCCCAUCCUGAGUGACAAGGUCCAGUUUCCUUUUCUGUAUCGGACAGUCCCCAGUGACAUGACUCAGUUCACCGGGAUCAUCAGGCUGAUCCUUUACUUCCGCUGGACGUGGAUUGGAGUAGUUUUUACAGGUGACGAUAACAGUGAGAAGUUCCUCCAGGUCUUGGAAGGUGAAAUGCAGAAAAAUGGAGUUUGCACUGAAUUCAUCUUAAAGAUGUACAACAGGAAGAGCCUGGCUAUGAAAACCAUUCAUAAGAUGGAAGGUGCCCUCACAAAGUCCUCGGUCAAUGUAACUGUGUUUUACGGCAGCACCAGUCACUUCUUUCAGUUACAACUUCUCAGCCAAAAUCUCCGAACGAGAGGCAAGAUCUGGAUCAUCACAGCCCAGUGGGAUUUUACUGCAGGUUCCCGCCUAUACAACCCAGACUCAGACCCAUUCCAGGACGCUUUGUCCUUUGCAGUUCACAAGGCGGAAAUCCCACAAUUUCGAGACUUCCUUCAGUCCGUGAACCCUAAAAAAUAUCCAAACGAUGUUUUCAUGAAGUAUUUCUGGGGUUCUGCCUUUGACUGUGUGAUGCCUCCUCCCUACUCAGUCCCAAGGUAUGGGAAAAGAAAAUGCACUGAAAGGGAACGACUGGACAGCCUUCCUGUUUCAGUUUUUGAUAUCAACACCGUGUGGCAGAGCUAUAGCAUUUACAAUGCGGUCUAUGCAGUAGCCCAUGCACUGAUGGAAAUGAGAUAUCAUUAUACUGGAGGAGGAGGGAGGAGGAGAAAAGGCCUUCUACCCCCAUGGCAGGUAUUAUGACACAAAUAAUGUAUCUGAGACAGAGGAGAGUUUUCAACAAUGCCAAAGAUGGUAGCCACUCUGAGGAGACGUCUUUAAAUGAGACCAAGAGGGACUUCAUUGGCUCUCCAGAUCACCUGAUUCCUCAGGGCUAUUAGCUGCAAUAGACCCUGAAUAAAUUAUAAUAUUCAUUCAAUGCAUUAGCAAAGGCACCAUACGGUUUUAAAUAUAUCCUGGAUAAUAUGUAUAGAGGAAAUCAGAGCAUUGUUCCGCAAGUGCAGUUUGAAACACAGCAGCGGGAGAUGCCCUCUCUGGCUUUCAAGCCACUAACACAAACAUGCACCAGAGUCACAUUUUACAAUAUUCAUAUUAAUUUAAACAUGAUGAAUCAAGUUGCUAAAUGAAUGUACCCUUAUCGUGUUUUAUGACUCCCCUGAUAUUG